AGCCCGCGAAGCCAGCACCGCGCCGCAGUCCACUCCGCGACGCCGCCCGCUCCCCACACGGCUCGCUGCCUCUCAGGUCGCCGCGGAAGGCAAGGCAUUCGCUACAGUCUUCGUGAACAACGUCUUCUGUUGCGUCGCAGCUCCGAAGUUUUACAGACGAUCAUAGUAGGACAGUAGCUGCUUGUGAGGCCUGCACGGAAACCGAGGUACGCGAUGGCGGUGUGUUGAGGCGCCCUGUAAGUCGCUCGGCGUCGCUACGUGAUGACAGCAGCGGGGACGCUGACUGCCGUGUGGCUGGCGGCGCUCUGCUGGCGCCAAGGUGCGUCGCUGGUGUACGUGACGCCCGCCGAGGUGACGGCGGCGCUGCCGCUGGACCUGGUAGCGGAGUCGCGGCUGCCGCUGACGCUGCUGCGGCUGCGGGCUCUGCCUGUCGGCGCCUCCGCGACCGCGCGCUUCAGGGCCAACAGCUCGCUGCCCUCCUGGCUGCAGCUCGACUCCAACUCUGGCCGCCUCUACCUGGUAGCCGCUCCCCAGUUCGCAACACCAGGCAACACUGAAGUCAUUGUGACGGUGACCGCCAUGGAAGACGGCGUAGGCGACGCGGAGGUGGACGCGCCGCCGCCGCCGUGGGCUGUGGCGACCGUGCGUCUUGUGGCCGCCGGCAGCGGCGCCUGUAACCUACCGCCACAGGAGGCGUGCCUGUGGCGGCAGGCGACGCUGCGGGUGCUGGAGAACUUGCCAGCCGGCGCGCCGCUCGGGACGCUGGGCCCGCCGCCUCUGUGUGCGCGUCUGGGGACGGGGCGCUGCCGCCGAGUGUACGCCGGCCUCAACGCGUCACUGGACGGAGUUUCGGUGAGUCCGAGCCCGCCGGCACUGGGCGGCGCGCUGCAGGCUCUCACGUCGCGGCCGCUGGACCGGGAGGACCCACAGCUGGAGCAGCCACAGUGGCGGCGGAUGGCGGCGGCCGGCGCCGCGCUGUCCCUGGAGGUGCUGGACGCCGACGACAGCGUGCCCGCCACCAUCAACGACGGACAUCUCUACAGCAGCCGCCCUGGCGGACUCCUGCACAAGGGCGAGCUGCUGGGCACGGUGGUGCUGCAGGACGCCGACUCUCCCGCGGCCAACCGCUACAGCUGGCGCUUCCUCAACGACUCGCGGGGCCUGCUGGCCGCCAACUGCUCCUCCAGCGCCAUCAACGGCACAUUCGUCACGACGAUCAUCAGCUGCAGUGUGUUCGCGGCGCGGGACGAGCAGCUAGCGGGCGGCGACUACCGGACCGUGCUGCGGCUGCUGGACGCCGCAGACCCAGACGUUUACGCGGAUUCCGAGGUGCGCGUGCGCGCAGAGGGCCCGCAGGCGGCGGCGCAGCGGGUGCCGGCGCCCGCCGUGUCGUACCCCGCGGAGGCGGCCGUGCUGGCCGGCGCCAACGCGCACGCGCGCCUCGCGCAGCCCGCCAGCCUGCGGCAGCUGGCCGCCGCGCCGCGCCUCGCCUUCCGCCUGGCCGCCGUCUCGCCGCAGCCGCCGGACGGCGACUCGUCGCCCUUCGGCGUCACCAGGGUCGCCGGGAUCAUCUUCCUCAAGAGCCCGGACAAGCUCGAUCCCAACACUACUGUCUACAACGUGACGGUGACGUGGGGGUCAGAGGGGCGAGCGACGGUGAGGGUCUACGUGUUGGAGGGCGCCUCCGAAGCCUGCCAGAACGGCUCGAGGCAGGGCAGGCCCUGCGCCACCAGGAAGUCGCUCGCCGAGUGCAACGCCUUCUGCGGCCUGGGCACCGGCGCCCGCAACUACACCGUCAACCACCUGCACGAGGGCAGGAACUCGACGGCGCGUCCCGAGGUGGCGCCGUUGGGCGGCUGUGCGUGGCGUGGCGCGGAGGCCAACUUCUCGACGGACCUGAUCGCACACUACGCCACCUGCACGCCGGACGUCCACCACUGCCCGGACGGCUUCUGCGACCCACUGGAGCAGAUCUCUGCCCUGUGUCCCCAGGAUUGUGUCAACCUGACGUUCGGCACGGGCAAGCUCGGCGAGGGGAGGCGCGGUCUGUACAGCUGCGUGGGCGUCGGCGUGUGCAACCGCGCCGCUUGCUGGUGCCACACCAGGGCCGGCCGCUACGAGCCGGGGACUUCGGGGGCGGCGGAGGCGGAGCGCAGCACCGGCCAGCGCCAGGGAUUGUAUACCAAUGGGUGGAAACGCGAGGUAAAAAGCGGGCAUCGGUCGCUGGUUGCAGAGUCCCCGGUGGCGCUGGUGUCUGCGUCCGGCAGCCGCGCCAGCUGCGGCGCCGUCUGCGUGAUGGCCGUCGUGGCGGGCAGCGCCCUGCUGCUGUCCGCCGCCGUCGCCACCCUCUACUGGAGGUACAGGCUGUGCAGACGCGCCCAGUGCGAGCGGAAGCUGGCGGCGGCGGGCGCGGCGGCCACCUCUGCCUCGGACUACGUGCAGCGCGCGCACUGCCUGCUGCCGCACGACGCCAGGCCGCCGGUGGACCCGCAGUGGGAGUUCCCGCGCUCUCGCCUGCUGCUGGAGAAGACGCUGGGGGAGGGCGAGUUCGGCCGCGUGCUGCGCGCCAGGGCCAUCGACAUCGCCGGCGUCACGGGUGCGACGACGGUGGCGGUGAAGACGCUGAAGGAGGGCGCGGGCGCCAGCGAGCAGCAGGCGCUGCUGUCGGAGUACGAGCUGCUGAAGGCGGUGUCCCACCCGCACGUGGUGCGCCUGCUGGGCGCCUGCACCUCGCCCGCCGGCCCGCUCUACCUCAUCAUCGAGUUCGCCGAGCACGGCUCCCUCAGGAACUACUUACGGAAAAUUCGACAUCUUGAACUGAGUUCCGCCCCUGUGACCCGAAUCACCCCUCGGGACAUCCUGAACUUUGCCUGGCAGAUCGCUAAAGGCAUGGCUUACCUCAGCGACAUGAAGCUGGUUCAUCGUGAUUUGGCUGCACGUAACGUGCUGGUGGCCUCGGGCGGCGUCUGCAAGAUAUCGGAUUUUGGGCUCACCAGAGACGUCUACGAAGACGACGCCUACCUGAAGAAGAGCAAAGGGAGAGUGCCGGUGAAGUGGAUGGCGCCCGAGUCGCUGUCGGACCACGUGUACACGAGCAAGUCGGACGUGUGGGGGUUCGGCGUGCUGCUGUGGGAGCUGGUGACGCUGGGCGCCUCGCCCUACCCCGGCGUCGCGCUGCACAAGCUCUUCAGCCUGCUCAGGGCCGGCUACCGCAUGGAGCGGCCCGACAGCUGCUCGCCCGCACUGUACAAAGUGAUGAGGCGCUGCUGGCUGGAAGAGCCGUCCGAUCGUCCUUCAUUCAAGGAACUGACGUACACGUUUGAGAAGAUGCUGGAGGACUCAGUGGAAUACCUCAACCUGGAUGCCCUUGUAGUUCAAAACUACGCUUACUUCAACUCAACGACUCUCUCACAAGAUAAACUAGGUACAGAUGGCCUAGAGCACGGAACAAUGAUGACAGUACCACUGGAUGUAAUCAAAGACAUUAUGCCUCCCAGUGAUUCCUGGCAACAAACUGAAUUUCAUGAAGGCCUGUUGCCCAGUUUGACCGAAAAGCAGGAAGAGUCUUCACUUUUCAGUACUGUGGGGAAUAGUUAUUUGAGUCCUGUACGAAUAGUCAAGAGUAAAGCGCGCUUGUCACCUUACAUGAACAUGGUUGGAAGAAGUGAAGCAGAAAAAUCAAAGUCAGAUGCUGGGAAGAGUGCCGUCUCCUACGCGGCUGUGAGUGAGGCUUCCAGCCCUUCCUCCUCUAAUAUGACGACGUUGUAGAGGGAAAGAACACGAAAUAGGAGCUCUAGAAACGAUUCGCGUGACAUCAGUCAAAGUGUAAUACAAUCGUUUUAUGCCGUCAUAAGGAUUCUUUACAACCUUAUUCUUUUAAAGGCUGCGUCUAUUCCAUUUUAUUGCGUAUUAGUUGCUAUUCCUGAAUGUCUGUGUACCUGUGUGUGACCUAUUGGACAACAUACUGCCCUUACACAUGCGAAGAACAUUUUUUUAAAUAAAGUUUUACACAUCAGAA